CAUAAAUAAACAAAAAGUUUAGGUUGAGGAGGAGGAAGAAAGAAACACAUAUAUCUAUCUUCUCGCCUAAUCCCUAAUUUCGAAACCCUUCAAAUUUCCAGAGAUGGCAGCGACAAUGACCAUGGCCUCCGCGCGUCUCAUCGCGUUUCACACUCCCUCCGCCGCAAAGAACCAAUCUCCUCCAUGUCUGAUUGGCCGGCGGCACCCACACCCACCACAGUGCCACCUUCCGCGCCUUCUCCACAACCACCGCCAAACCAGAACCGUUUCCUGUUCUCUGACGACAAAUCAGAGAAACUCACCCGUUUGCGAAAUUCGCGAAUCAGCACAUACCACACUCUCCGGUUCCACUCGCACCGUCACAACCUUAUUGAGCAUGGCCCUGUUGUGCGCCAAGGCGAUUCCGCCGCUUGCGAACGGCGCGAUUUCGAUGUCGGUGGGUGGUUCUUCUCUGUUCUUCGCGUCGUUGCGGGACCGUCCUGAGGGGUAUUUGAACACGCCGUUGACGGUUGUGGCGGCGGGGUUGGGGAAGUGGCUUGAUAUUUACAGUGGGGUUUUGAUGGUUAGGGUUUUGCUCAGUUGGUUCCCGAAUAUCCCUUGGGAGCGUCAGCCUCUGUCUGCAAUUCGAGACCUCUGUGAUCCUUAUCUGAACUUGUUCAGGAAUAUCAUUCCACCUGUUUUUGAUACGCUUGAUGUUAGUCCUCUUCUUGCUUUUGCGGUUUUGGGUACUCUUGGCUCCAUUCUUCAGACUGCUAUGACUUGAUACUUUGCUUCUCCUACACCCACAUGAGGUUUGGGCUGCCACAAAAUGUUCUUAGCAGAAUCUUCAACACUGGCAGAAUGUAGAAAAAAGGACUCUUUAGAAGCAUAGGGUAAAGUUUGUCGUCUGUAUACAAAGUAAUUUUCGGAUAGAUCGGUAUAUUUUUGGUAGUCAUAUAUGUGGUUUAAGGUCUUUGCAUCUUGUUUUAAAAUAAUGUAUUGGGAUGGCAUGUUAACUUGAAUUGAAAUUUCUUCAUUAUGAGCUUUGCACCUAGUUUGCAGGCUGCUGCUGGUUUUGCAUGAA